AUGGUGCAGGUGUGCUGGCAGGUGGUGGCGGUGGCGGCUGGCUGGCCCUGGAGGCCCUGCCCAUUGCAGGUGACCUGCAUCGAGGCCCUGCUGCAGGCCACGGGAGGGCCCUCGGCGCCCCCUGCAAGCUGCCAGUGCAGCCUGCCCCACCUCGCUGAGCCGCCUGCUGUGUGCCCUGCUGGCCGCCAUGCCAGCCUCGAGCUCUGCCUCCUCGCCCUUUCCAGCCCACAGCUGGGCUGGCCAUGCCGCUGUACCAGGGCAGUGUGUGUUGGCGGCGUCACCGACUGUGAGUCCAAGGCCCUCAAAGGCUUGCAGGUCGGCCUGCUCCGCAAGGCAGGUAUCCAGGUUCGACAUGACCGACCUGGCUACAUGCACCACAAGUUUGCCAUAGUGGACAAGGAGGUGCUGAUCAACUCCCUCCACUGGACCACACGAGCCAUUCAGAACAAUCGAGAAAACGUUUUGAUUAUGGAGGACGAAGACUAUGUGAGGCUUUUCCUGGAAGAACUUGAGCACAUUUGGGAAGAGUUCAACCCUACAAAGUACAUAUUCCCACAAAAGAGAAGUCACUGAAGCUGUGCUCUCACUGUGUCUUGGAGUCGGAGGGGAGGGUUUAAUGUCAGAACUUCCGGCGCCUCCAGUUGA